AUGUGCGUGCGCCCUCUGCGCUCUGCGCGCUCGGAGCGCGGCCCCGCCCACAAAACCGCCCUGUCGCUCUCGCUCCGUCCGCGCUCAGGCUCGAACGUGUCGACCGCCUCCAGCAGCUGGUCCGCCACGUCUGUCGCGACGUCAGCGCCUCGGGACACGGUCUCGGGUCGCUGGCUCGACGACGCGGCUGCGCGCGCGUGCGGCAAGUGCGCGCGCGCCUUUUCAUUGGUCAAUCGGCGCCAUCACUGCCGCGUGUGCGGCGAGAUCUUUUGCUACGCGUGUUCGCGCACGCGCCUCGUGCUGGCGACCAGCGCGGACGAGAUCCCGCGGCGCCAGCGCGUCUGCGACAUGUGCGCCACGCGCACGUCGCCCUGCCGGAACUUUGAGCCUGACGACGCGACGUUUAACGCGCACGCGUGUGCCACAGGCUGGUCUCCAGAAGCUUCUGCUGCUUCUGCUGAUGCCGACGCGACGUCGCGAGCCCAGCAACAGCAGAAGCUUCAGCUCCAGCUGCAGCUCGAGCAGGACGUGAUGGCUGUGAAGAAGCAGCAGGCGAGACAGUUGCAGGGCAAGAGCCGCCGCUACAGCUACAGCUCGAGCUGCUGCCGCACGAGCAGUGGCACUAGCAAUAGCAGCGCUAGUGUGGCGGUGGCAGUAGCGUCGGCCGUAGCGUUUGUCGCGGCGUUGUGGUCGUUGAAGGACGACGUGGCGUGGACGAACGUGGCGCUGUGGAUCCUGCUGGCGGCGGCGCUGAAGAACGUGGUGGAAGUCGUGCUGCGGCUGCGGGGGGCGGCUCGUGCGUCGUUUGGCGUGGACGUUGAAGAUGCCGAGCAGGUCUUUUGUGGUAUGGAUGUGGAUGCGGCAGACGAGCCAUUGACGAUCGAGACGCUGGAGGUGGCGGAAAAGACGGACAAGUAUGCGGAUGUGACGAUCACGGCUGAUCAAAGUGACGAGCUCAUUGCGAGUUCGCAACGGGCACUGGACACGGUGGUGGAAUUGGCCCACACGGACGUGACGAGGGACGCGGUGUGGACGGAAGAGACGCCGACGGCGGACGAUGUGACGAUUUACUCGCGAGACGGCAAACCGUCCCGCGUUUACAGGUGUGAGACGGAGCUCGCGCUCUCGCCGGACGAGUUGUUUGAUGAAUUGUACACGAAGUUAGAAACGAGCAAUGUAUGGAACGUGACGGCAGCCGAGAGUAAUGUCGUGUGCAAGCUGGACGAGACGACGGACCUUGUGCAUUUGACGUCGGCUCCUGCUCUGGGUGGCAUGAUUACGAGUCGUGACUUUGUCAACACACGCACAUGGCGGCGUCAAGAGGAUGGCGGCUAUGUGAUUGCCAACAACUAUGCUGGAAAAGGCAUUUUGAAACCGCAGAAGGGCAUUACACGUGGCGAGAAUGGGCCGACGGGCUGGGUCAUUUUGCCGCAUCCGUCAACUCCGUUCAAAAGUCGACUGAUUUGGAUCCUUAAUAUGGAUAUCAAGGGCUACUUUCCGUCCAGCGUCAUCCGCAAGGGCUCUAUUGGUGAGAUGUCUUGCUUUGUGCGUAACUUGCGUCAGCAUAUUGUGCACAGUGCUGCUUCAGGCGAGCACGUUCCUGAACGUGUUUCGUCCACCGGGCAAUAA